ACAUUCGUCUUGUCAAAGUCUACCUCUCCUUUCAAGCCUGUCCCUCUCUAUCAGAGGCUCCCCAUCUGCUUCUGCCGGUUUUUGGUGUUUUGACGGUUUUUUUUUCAAUGAAGCGUGAAAGAGAGACUGACGUUGAUCAGGAGGAAGAUGGAGCUACUGCACCAGCUCGUCCAGUUGAGAUUGAUCCUCACAGCGAUGAGUUGAAUGGCAUUCGGAAGAAGUUUAAGAUCCCUGACUCUCCCGAAAACGGCGUGCUGUCGACGCUUGGUCACUACGGGGAGGAAGAGGAAGAAGAAGAGGAGGUGACGGUGAAAGAAAAGGUGUACGAGUACGAAAGUGACGAGGAGGCGGAGCGCAGCCGUGCGGGCCUACGGCGUGACAUUGAAUUGCGGAAAGAUUGUCCAUACUUGGAUACUGUCAACAGACAGGUGCUGGAUUUCGACUUUGAGAAAUUUUGCUCGGUCUCACUUUCCAAUUUGAAUGUGUACGCAUGCCUUGUGUGCGGGAAAUAUUUUCAAGGACGAGGCCGCAAGUCUCAUGCAUACACGCACAGCCUUGAAGCUGGUCAUCAUGUCUUCAUCAAUCUGCACACGGAGAAGGUUUAUUGUCUCCCAGAUGGCUACGAAGUGAACGACCCUUCUCUAGACGAUAUUCGACAUGUCUUAAAUCCUCGAUUCACAAGAGCACAGGCUGAGCAAUUGGACAAAAUCAAACAAUGGUCAAGGGCGUUAGACGGCUCAGAUUAUCUUCCAGGAAUGGUGGGCAUAAACAACAUCAAGGAAAACGACUUUGUUAAUGUUACCAUACAGUCUCUUAUGCGAGUUACCCCACUGAGGAACUAUUUUUUGCUUCCUGAGAACUACAAGCAUUGCAAAUCGCCGCUGGUCCAGCGCUUUGGUGAAUUGACAAAAAAAAUAUGGCAUACAAAGAAUUUUAAGGGGCAGGUCAGUCCUCAUGAGUUUUUGCAGGCGGUGAUGGUUGCAAGUAAGAAGAGGUUUCGAAUCGGUGUGCAAUCUGAUCCUGUGGAGUUCAUGUCAUGGCUUCUCAACACUCUUCAUACAGACCUUGGUGGCACUAAGAAGCGCAAUAGCAGUGUUAUUUACAAGUGUUUUCAGGGGGAACUGGAGGUUACCAAGGAGACUCAGAAGAAGGGGUUUGCUGAAGAACGCGAGGGUGAUGUGCCAUCUGGUGCAGAUGAUGGAGGAAAGUUGGAUACUACAGAUCUGCACAGGGAUGUUAGCAAAAUGCCAUUUCUUAUGCUGGGCCUUGACUUGCCCCCUCCUCCACUCUUUAAAGAUGUCAUGGAAAAGAACAUUAUACCCCAGAUUCCUCUUUUCAAUAUAUUGAAGAAGUUUGAUGGAGAAACGGUAACAGAAGUAGUCAGACCCCAGCUUGCCCGGAUGCGGUAUCGUAUUACCCGGUUGCCACAGUAUAUUAUUCUCCACAUGCGGCGCUUUACCAAGAACAAUUUCUUCAUGGAAAAGAAUCCAACUUUAGUGAACUUUCCUGUCAAAAAUUUGGAGCUAAAAGAUUACAUACCGUUGCCGAAAUCUAAGGAUGGUGAAAAACAACGUACGAAGUAUGACUUGAUUGCCAAUCUUGUCCAUGAUGGGAAACCAGGUGAAGGUUCCUACAGGGUUUUUGUUCAGCGCAAGUCAGAUGAAAUGUGGUAUGAAAUGCAGGAUCUUCACGUGAAUGAGACUUUGCCCCAGAUGGUGGCACUUUCGGAAACUUACAUGCAGAUAUACGAACAACAGCAAUAAUCUGUAUCGUACUAACGGAAUGUCGCAUAGGGAUGGGGUUUUGAUCGUGGAAAUUUGACAUUUGGUAUCCACAAAUUCUUUCUUCAGCAAAGGUCCCAGAUGAGUCUUGAUUAUCUGCUACCCAGCAUCACAAGUCGCAUUCACAUUGGAUAUCAACAGAACGCAUAGGUGUUCUCAUUUGGGGUUUCAAUUCCACUUCGAGUUGGUAUUCAGUGCUUUUGCUGGAGUUUAUCGUGAAGAGCAGAGAGGAAUGCCCACACAUUUCUUGACAUAGCUUGUCAUCGAACCUCCUCAGUGCGAAGAUAAUAGCAUUUCUCAAGUCUUUCCCAAUUCAUGUAGAAUGUUUUUAGUAGGCAUAUUGAUGCAAAAACCGAAUGCACCUUCUAAGCUUCACAAGCCGUGUAAAUUCUUGUGGAUAAACGUAACGGAAUCUUUGUCAACAAAUGUGCCCCUGAAGUAUUGCAUUGACAAGAGAAUAUAGGAACUAUUUUUAGAAAGUAGGCAUAUUGAAGUAACAACAAUUUAUUCAAACAAUUUCUUCGGAAAUGCCUUGCUUAUUUAAUUUACAUCAGAUUCUCUGAUGGUUCUUAAAAGAAUUUUUCUUUAAACUUGGAAUGCAAAAAACAGUUUAAUUGUAAACUCUAUUAUUCAA